AUGCAGCUGUCUGCACUGCUGUCCUUCCUCCUCCUCCUCCUCCCUCUCAUGACCACAUGUUUUCCCAAAACACGGCCGCGGUCCUGCGACGAGGUGGAGCAGUACGUCAGCCUGCCCAGCAACGUCUACACCAUCUAUCCAACCAUUUAUGGGGACCCUGUCAAGGUGUUCUGUGACUUUGACAUAGAUAGGGGGCGCUGGACGGUUCUCCUGAAGAGGAGUACCGGUGACCUGAACUUCUACAGGCCCUGGGAGUCUUACAGGAACGGCUUCGGGGACCCUGCUGAGGAGUACUGGCUUGGUCUGGAGACUCUCUACCACCUCACCAAGGACGGAAGCUAUGAGCUGCUCGUCGUCCUGGAGGACUUUGAUAGGAGGCGUGUUUAUGCUCACUAUAACUCAUUUUAUAUUGAUUCCGUGUGUGAAGGCUACAAGCUGCAUGUGUCAGGAUUCAGGGAUGGGGGCGCCGGAGACUCUCUGACUUACCAUGAUGGACAGAGUUUCUCCACCUUUGACAAGGACCAGGACUCCAGCGACACAAACUGUGCUCAGCGGUUCCUCGGGGGAUUCUGGUUCAAGUCGUGUUAUCAGACCAAUCCUACCGGGAUUUAUCAGUGGGGGCGUGCUUUCGGUCGCUUCUCCACUGGGAUCGUCUGGUCAAAGUGGAGGGGUUUCUCCUACUCGGUGAAGUGCAUCACCUUUAUGUUCCGUCCUUCAUAA